AUGGGUGACGGUGUUAAGGAGGCUCUCUUUGUGAACGGGAUGCUUCAGUUCUUGAGACCUAGUGCGAAGCCUCGGAAAAUUGACGUCUUUGAGGACAACGAAGGAGCGAUUGCGCUUGCAGAGAAUCCGCUUAGCUCGAGUAGGAGUAAGCACAUUGACGUGAGGCACCACUUCCUUAGGAAUUUGACGGAGGAGGGCGUGAUCGACGUCACCCAUGUCCCAAGCAAGGAGCAGCAUGCUCACAUCCUCACAAAGGCUCUACCGAGAAACCUUUUUGAAGUUCACCAGACCCGGAGGGCAGCACGGCGGAUGAAAAACUGGGAAGCGACUGGUGGUCGUGAUUCCCUGCCGGUAGAAAUGCUCAACAUCGACGACGUAGACGACCCCAUCGUGAUCGAAGACUUCCACGCCAUUCUCGUCAAAGUGUGGAACAGGAGGGGGAUAUCCCUUCUGUCGCAUGCGGGCACGGUGCUCCAAAAAAUCGUCGGAAAACCUCUCAGCGACUACUACUGCGAGAAACACGACAUCUUGCCGGAAGAGCAGUGCGCCUUCCGACCUGGCAGGUCAACCGUCGACACGAUGUUCGUCGUUCAACGACUGCAGGAGCUGUCAAGGAGACGGAAUAUCCCUGCUUCGUCGACCUCCAGAAGGCCUAUGACUCAGUCGACCGGGCACUACUAUGGCAGGUGCUGGCCUGAGCGGGGAUCCAAGGAAAUGAUCGCGGACAUCCGCCACUUCCACAUAAACUAUAUAUGUAAGGCCAUUUGUUACGAUGCCUUUCUUGAGGCUGUCUUUUUUUCCCGAAAGAGAAGACCCAAAAAUUACAACAAGAAAAAGAUGGCCCCUGUGCUGCUACGUCUUUUUCUGAAGGUGGGGUUUCUUGAUGAUUUUCACCGGCGUUCGGCGUGCGGGAGCGAACUAAUUUUUGAAUUUCCGCCAUCACCCACGCCACAGACCGCGCACAGCACAAAACACAACGCCCUUCUGCACCCCUUCCACUGCACACAGCCACAUCCCGUAAAGCAGACCAUUGAUGCUAUGAAACUAGAUGGCGUACAGUCUCUCCCGCUGGAGUUCAACUCGUACGCCGAGACAGUAGUUUCGAUGCUGCGGGACAGGAGCUCCGGCCUGACGGACGCCAAGUUGCUNCCCUUCCACUGCACACAGCCACAUCCCGUAAAGCAGACCAUUGAUGCUAUGAAACUAGAUGGCGUACAGUCUCUCCCGCUGGAGUUCAACUCGUACGCCGAGACAGUAGUUUCGAUGCUGCGGGACAGGAGCUCCGGCCUGACGGACGCCAAGUUGCUGAAGCACCUCCAAAACGGGCGCAUCGUGUACGCGUGCUUGGCGGUCAAGCGCAACGCCGGGAUUGUCUCCACCCAGGCCAAGCACGCGGCAGCGGCGCAGGGGUACAAGGACAUCGCUGUCCCUAGCUUCUUCAAGUGGCUCCAGGAAAACUUGGACAAGGAGGAUUCCUUCUUGCAGCCGUGGCUAACGUUCGAGGUCAUGGGGAAGACGUCCAUGAAGGGAGGCGCGGUCCUCUUCACCAACGGCGAAAAAAUGUGGAAGCGGUUCGAUAAAAUCCUGCGCGAAAUAUAGAAAUACUACAACCCCGUGUGGGACAGUUUCGUCGAAGGACAACCUGGGGACCAACUACCGUCGGGCAGCCAAGACGAAGACGCCAUCGAGUACCUUCUGGACGGAGUCUACCACAUGGAAUCCGGAACGGGGAACGCAGAGGACCCGAUCGAGUUGGAAGAGAGUGAGUGGUGACGGUGAGGGAGAGGGUUCGGAAGAUGACUCUGGGGAAUCGUCACCAACGGAGAGCGAGGACGGCGGGAGUGGAAAGCAGAAAGGAACGGAGGAAGCAGUGGAACCACAGGAAAGCAGCGGUGAUGACCCACCGGCGGGGGAGGGGGGGAUGAAGAAGGAGCCAGAUGACGAUACGCCGGGCAACGGGGAUGAUGCCCCCUCCGAAGAAAUCACACGAGAAGUGGGCGGACUUCCGCAGAGGCCCAACAAUUGGAUGCACCAGUAUCUCCUGACAUUCUGUUUGAUCGGAAGGCCAUGCAGCAGCGAGGACCCUCACCUCCGAACCGCACGCAAAACAUCCGGACCCAAGGGUCACGGCGCGUCCGGGGCCAAGGGUUGCGGCGAGAAGCAGAAGGCGAAGAAAGGUUCACCCAGCACCAGCGAUCAAAGCGGGUCGGAGGCGAGCGGUGCGUACACCGAGGUUGAUCUGUCGUCCAGCGCGAUCCGGGUGUUCACAGGGGUCGGCGAAAUUCAAAGCCGAGCACAGGUGAGGAAGGAGACUGCUGCGGUAGCGGCCACCAACGCGCAACUGCAGGCCCGCCGCGUCC